GGAUACCGAUCCACCAUCGCGGACCCGGGGACCGAGAGCGCGUUCGUUCGCUCUCUGGGGAUGGUAUGUACAAUACAGAUAACUAUCGCAUACAUAUGUAAUGUCAUCCAGGAUCAACCCCAAAGGGAGAAUGAAAAUCUCCCGCACAUCCAAACCCUACCUACAACCUCUCGUCUUUCCCCGCGUCAGAUUGGAUGGGCGCGUUGUGGGAGUGAAUCCUAUACAUGUCAGGUUGAAUAAGAGGCAAAGUUAGGAUAGGUUAAAUAUGGAAGAUACCUACCUAUGUUAAUAUGUACGCAGGCCGGCGCAACAAGCAUGGGACUCCUCCGCACGGGGUACCCUCUCAUUGGUAAUGUAGGGCUGAGUCAGAUCUCCGUACGGUUGGUUCGACGGCGCGGUAACGGGGUGUGGUGUAGUGUGGUAUGGUGUAGUAUAUAUGUAAUGCGCAUAAUGUGUUAUGUACCUACCUACCUACCCAUCGCAUGGCUGGCUGCCCACCCCCCUCCCCUCAUCUUACAUACCAGCCUACCUACCUACCUACAUGCUCUUCUCGUGGGAAUUGCGUGCUGCCAUUCUGCUGUCCGACUCCUACCUACCUUUUACCACGCGCCGUAUUAUUGCUUUGCUCGCUCCCGUCCCGUUGGAUCCGAACGUCUGGAACGUUGCGGUAGGGUACCUAUGGCACGGCGUGGUAUGGCAUGGUAUGGUAUGUCAUGGCAUGGGUAAUGUAUGUAGGCACCAUGUAAGUAUUACAUACAUACCUACAUAAAUACAUAUAUGCAGCAGCAUGGCAUGCG